GCCUGUUUGCUCAUCCUUUUGGAGAGAGGGGAAAGUCCAGCAUCUCUCUCACAUGUCUGUCGAAACGCCGUCCGUAAAAACUAGGGUAACCAGUUUUUGGAAAGGACUAUCUCCAGACCAGCACAUGUUAAAAAAUCUAUCCGGAUAGUUUUGUCUCAGUGGGUAAGGUUGGGCUUUUUGUUGGGUCAAGACUGCGUGUUUGUGUGUUUUAGAGGAUGAGUGGGUUCCUGCUGGUCCUUUGUCUUGCUUUGUGGCACCAGGGGGGGACAGCGGGGCCCGACCCGCCGGGCUGCAGCAGCCCUGAUGCGGUGAGGGCGGCAGAAGAGGCUCUCCAGCAGAUCAACCAGGACAGGACAAGCGGAUACAUCCUGAGCCUCAAUAGACUGUAUGAUGUCUCCCACACGCCACAACAGGAGCGAGGGGGGUCAGUCUACACUCUGACCAUUGAUGUCAUGGAGACUAAAUGUCAUAUAACCAGCAAGAAAGCCUGGAAACAAUGUCAAGUCAAAGGCAUUGGAGAUGUUCCAGUGAGUAAAAAGUAGAUUUGCAAGAUUUUUAACUGAAUUGUUGCCAUAACAGGAAGCCAAAAGAACUGUGUAAACAUUUUUUAUUAUUAUUAUUUUAAGCUUUUUGCAUUAAAAAAUAAAGAA